CGUCAAAAGACAUUUUUCAUUUUCAUCUUGACCGUGCAACCAGAUUUUCUUUGGCACGAAAUUCUUUUUUCUUUCUCCAAAGGAAAACUAAUUUUUAAGUAUUAAAUUAUUCAAUUUAUAUUAGCUAAAUUAUUAUUCGAAUUAAGUACAAUGUCUGAGGAAUUUAAAUUGCCACGCCGUUCGCGAAAAAGACUGCGAGAAGUUAAAAGAAAAGCUCGACCAGAACUAAACGACAAAGAAUCUUGGACUGCUCUUCGAUAUGCAGAUAGUUUCGAACGAUUUACCCAAUUCACGGAUAAUGUAGAUCGAAUUGAUGCUAAUUGUGUUGAUUGUCAGGAGUUCAUUGAACGCUAUGAGAAACCGUACCUACCCGUUGUAAUUACGGGCGUCCAAGAUGGAUGGAAGGCCCAAGAGAAAUGGACCAUGAAUAGAUUGGUCAAGAAGUAUCGAAAUCAAAAGUUCAAAUGCGGCGAAGACAAUGAAGGUUACAGUGUCAAGAUGAAAAUGAAAUAUUAUGUGGAAUAUAUGAAGACAACAUUGGAUGACAGUCCACUUUAUAUAUUCGAUAGCAGCUUCGGAGAGCACCAUCGUCGAAAAAAGCUCCUAGACGACUAUACUAUUCCAAAGUAUUUUCAAGAUGAUCUUUUCAAGUAUUCCGGAGAAGAUCGUCGUCCACCGUAUCGGUGGUUUGUUAUGGGACCAGCUCGUUCAGGAACGGGAAUUCACAUAGAUCCACUUGGGACAAGUGCCUGGAAUGCACUUGUCUUCGGCCACAAGAGGUGGUGCCUUUUCCCAACACACACACCAAAAGAAUUACUUAAAGUCCAGGGAUCUGUAGGUGGGAAGCAGCGCGAUGAGGCAAUAACCUGGUUCAGUGUAAUUUAUCCAAAGACAAAAAGACCCGAUUGGCCAAAAGAAUAUGCUCCAAUAGAAAUAUUACAGGGGCCAGGAGAGACCGUUUUUGUGCCUGGAGGCUGGUGGCAUGUUGUCCUAAAUCUCGACGACACAGUUGCUGUUACACAGAAUUUCUGCAGCAAGACGAAUUUCCCCAUUGUUUGGCAUAAAACAGUUCGUGGGCGACCAAAGUUGUCUCGCAAAUGGCUUCGUAUUCUUCGAGAAGUAGAACCUGAUUUAGCAAAAAUGGCUGAAAAUAUAAAUAUCGACCAGAGUACAGGUUUUGCAUCGGACAGCUCAAGUAAUUCUAGUUCUUCAUCGUCAUCUUCGUCGUCCAGCAAUGAGGAUAGCGAUAGUUGUUCAAAUACCGAUAGUGGUCAAGAGAGUCUCACUGCCAAGAAAAAGAAAAAGCGACGCAUGGGCGGGAAUGGUAGUAGUGGCGGUGGAAUGUCGGCACGUUCUUGAUUAUCAAUGGCAAGGGGUUGCCAAUACAACUGUUGUUCGGUGUUCCCUUCGAAUUUUCAAAAAUUAUACAUUUCCUAAGUUUGAUUUAUAAUUCCGUUUUCCUUUUUUACUUUUACUUUUUCCAUUUACUAUUUUUGUUUUACAUAUUUUGAAACCAAAACUAUUAUUAUUAUGAAAUCAAAUCAAAACUAAAAGAAUAUCAACAUUUUUUUUUACAAUAAUCUUAGAACUAUUUUCUAUUUUCAAGAUUUAUUUAAAAAUACUUGUAGUGCUGAACAAAAGUUAAUAGUAUAUUGUAAAAUUGUUUAUGCCUUUUAAAUAAGAAAUGACGAAUUAUGUAUAUGUAUUAUUUAAUUUAAAACAAAUCAUGUUAGAAUAAAAAAAAAGAUAACAAUUUUAA